AUGGCAUCUAACUUAGUGCAGCUCCAGGACCUAUGGGAAGUUGUCAGUAAUGGGUAUGAUGAACCCACUACUGAGCAAGAAGCUGCCUACACUGCAGAUCAAAGGAAUACUCUCAAGGACUUACGAAAGAAUGACAAGAAGGUGAUGUACCUUCUAUAUCAAGGAUUAGAAGAUUCAACGUUCGAGAAGAUUGCAGAAGCAACAACCAGCAAGCAAGUUUGGUACACUUUGAGCACAAUUUACCAAGGAGUAGAUCGAGUAAAAAGAGUUCGGCUUCAAUCAUUAAGAGCAGAUUUUGAGGCUGCUCAUAUGAAAGAAGGAGAAAACAUUUCAGACUACUACUCUCGACUACUUGUAAUUGUGAAUCAAAUGAAAAGGAAUGGCGAGAAGCUUGACGAUGUUCGUGUCAUGGAGAAAAUCCUUCGGUCACUCACAUCCAACUUUGAGCUUGUGGUGACUGCCAUUGAGGAAUCCAAGAAUUUGGAGACGAUGAGUGCAGAGGAACUGCUAGGAUCCCUCCUAGUUCAUGAACAACGCAUUCAGAAGAAUGCAAGCCCCACAACGCUAGAGCAAGCUUUGGAGUCAAAGUUGAAUAUUGACAAACCAAAUGGAGGUCGUGGACAGUGGAAUUCACGUCAUGGAAGCUCAUCCAAUCAUAGCCGAGGACGAGGCCGAGGAAGAGGUUGA